AUGGCUGAUUGGUAUGAGAAGGAAGAGGGCUCGCAUUUCGGUGGAAGCGCUGCGGUUCCGAAUGAGAAGCCCGGGCGAAAGAAGACCAAGACUGCCGAGACCGAGGAGAACGAGAAGCCCCGUGGAAAGAAGACCAAGACCGCCGAGACCGAGGAGAACGAGAAGCCCCGUGGAAAGAAAACCAAGACGGCCGAGACCGAGGAGAACGAGAAGCCCCAGCGUAAGAAGACCAAGACCGCCGAGACCGAGAAGGAGAAGCCCCGCGGAAAGAAAACCAAGACCGCCGAGACCGACGAGAACGAGAAGCCCCGUGGAAAGAAAACCAAGACCGCCGAGACCGACGAGAACGAGAAGCCCCGUGGAAAGAAAACCAAGACCGCCGAGACCGACGAGAACGAGAAGCCAAGUGGAAAGAAAACCAAGACCGACGAGGUCGAGGAUAAGUCCGUGCCAGCACAGCCCAAGACCUCUCCCAAAAAGGGGCAGGCGGACGAUGACGAGGAAAGCGAGAAAGCUACGUUCGCGAGGCGCUACCGAGGGAAAGAGGGUGGUUUCGCAGCCGCGAAGUUUGAUGCGAUCAAGGAUUGCUUCCAGCGGAAGGUGAUGCCCCAACUUUCGGGACCCGUCACUAUCUACGAGGACCCCUUCUGGACGUAUUGUGUCAAGUUGAUGAAAGAGAUGCCUGUCGACAUCGACCGGGACAACAUCGUCAGCAUUGUGAACAAGUGUGGCAUGAAGUAUGUCAGACAAGUCAUCCAGCCAAACAAGCCCUGA